AUGACGACGCUCAAGUCCGCCCUGCGCUUCCCUCCAGCCCACCCUCCUCCUCUACCGCCGCCUCCCGAGCCGCAGUACCCCAACCUCACCUCGCGCUUCUCUGCCGAGACCCUCCUCAUCAAGUCGCCCCCUCGACCGUUCCAGCGCCUCUUCUCGUCGACCAACCACGCCACGACGCCCUCGCCGCCUCUCUCGCCGCCGUCGGGCGCCGUCAGGCGGUAUCACCGCCGCGUGUCGUCGCAAAAGGGCGGCAGCGUCUACCGCCAUGCCCCGUCCGCGAGCGAGAGCCGCCUCGUCGUCUCGUCGCCCAAGGCGUACGACCUCCCCGAGACGCCGACGCGCGCCUCGAUGGACCACGUGCGCCCGACUCGGCGCUCGGGCUCGAUCUCGCGCGCGAAGGCGACGAACGGGACCGCGGCCGACAAGCUCGCCGGCGCCGCCAAGGACGUGCUCGACAUGUUCACGCUACGGCGCCACGGCCACGGGCACGGGCGCCAGGGCAGCCACAGCAGCUCGGCGAGCGGCGACAGCGUCGAGUCGCUCGCGUCGACGAGGCCGCGCUCGCUGUCGUCGCCGUCGCCCGCGCUCGUGUCGCAGCCGCCGCCGGCUCCAAGGCGCAGGCCGCCGCCUCGGCCGUACAACCCGCCCGCCGCGCUCGUCGACCCUCCUCCUCGGUCCGACUCGCGCAACGCCAUGGCCUCCGACGUCGCGGCGUUCGGCGCACCGUCUCGAGCCGCGCACGGGCCUCCCGCGCCGCCGGCGGGCCGCCCUCGCCCGAAGCAGCUCCCCCUGCAGGCUCGCCCGCACCUCCGCCCGACCUCGCCACCAUCGCCCUCGAUCCCUCCUCUCCGUCCAGCACGCCAACCGCCCGCACCUCCCGCCGUCGACAAGUCGCACAAGCCGUUCCACGCCAUGAUCGUCUCGGGGCCGACGCGCGCCGCGGUCGAGCGCCGCUCGCUCGACGAGUUGCUCGUGCGCAUCGACGUCGGCGGGCAGUCGACGUACACGACGAGCGCGGCGACGCUCGUCGGCCAGGGCGUCGAGGGCGGCAGGCUCGGCGACUUUGUCGAGGCCGUCCUCGAGGACGUCAGGCGGGGCGGCGACGAGCCUGUCGAGGAGGACGAGGCAGCAGCAGGGCACCAGGAGCACGAGCAGCACCCGCACCCGUACCUCCAGCUGCCCGGCGCGCUCACCGACGCGUCGUCGAGCUCCCUCAGCCUCGCGCCCUCUCUCACGCCCUCGCCCUACCCGUCCUCGCCCUUCCCCUUCGCCGACAACCUCUCGACCUACUCGACCUGUGCACCUGGCGACGGCGACGAGCCGAUGAGCCCCAUCGACCCGCUCGUCAACAGCUCGCAGGCCGCCCUCGCCUCGAAGGAGCUCUUCCUCGGCCUGCCGCACGCCUUCAGCCCGCCGCCGCACCCGCUCCCGACGACGCGAGGGCGCGCCCAGUACGCCGAGAUGGUCGGCUCGCCGACGCUGCCGCACGGCGGCAAGCACCGCUCGGUGUACCCGGACGUGGGCUCGAGCGUCGACCUCGGGCCCGAGGGCGGGCCGCUCCUCCCGCUCGUCAUGCCGUCGGCGAGGGCGCCGCCGCCGUCGCUCGCCGAGGAGGCGGCCCGCAAGGCGCUCACGAUGCGCUCUCGCGCCGGCGUCACGGCCAAGGUCGAGCCGGCUGCCGACGACGAGAUCCCGUUCCAGAACCCGUUCGAGCGCGGCCUCGGGCCCUACUUCGACGUCGUGCGCAAUCAGCUCCACGCCUCGGUCGGCUCCGACUCGCUCCUCGGCGUCCCGCGCUCGCCGGCCGGCACGUUCUCGUCAUCGCCGUCGUCGUCGCCCAUCCUCGCCACGUCACCGCGCCCGGCGAGCGCCGUCGAGCGCAGCUCGCUCGACUUUGGCCUCCUGCCCUCGGACGUCGAGGGCUACGGGUCCGAGGAGGAGCACCGCAGCAGGAGCACGGUGCUCGGCGUGCCGCGCGGCCUGAGCAGGCGCACGCUCGAGGGCCUGUCGAGCUUGGCGCGCGGCGGCUGCGGCGACGACAAGGUGCCCGCCGUGCCGAGGCUCGCCGUCGAGGCGGACACGGCGGUGGCGGCGCCGGCGGCGAGGAGCAGGGCGGGCACGCCGUCGCUCUCGAUGAGCGUGUCGACUGUCGACGACGAGGAGCACUCGGGCGCGCCGGCCGAGGUCACGCUCGAGGACGCGACGCUCGCCGUGUUCCUCGACCGAACCGACUCGCCGCUCAUGUCGCUCGCAUCGGCCGACGGUGCGGGCAGCGACGUCGCGCCGGGCCUCACCCUGUACGGCGCCGUCGUCGACUUCCUCCGCAACAGCGCUCUGCCCGCCUCCCUCGUCCUCCCUCCCGCCUCCUCCUCGACAUCGUCGUCGCACGUGCCCACCUCCAGCACCGCCGACCCUGACGUCGACCCGCUCUACCUCUCGCUCUUCGCCCUCGCGCCCGCACCCCUCUUUGCGCUCCUCGCAGCCUUGCGCACGCUCUCGACCGAGGCGGCGUGGCUCGGUCUGCAAGACCUCGAGCGAGCGUGCAGCGUCGAGCAAGAGCGUGUCGCGGGCGUCGGGCGGUGGCUCGCGCAGGCGAGGGGAGCUGGAGCAAAGGUCGGUGCGCGAGACACGACGAAGGGUCUUUCGGCGAGGGCCAAGGAGGGCUGGAUCUAG